UUCAGACAGCAUAUUUCUUUAUGGCUGCUUUUCUCAGUGGGCACGCAUAAGGGGAGAGGAGAAAAAAAAAAAGAAGAAAGUUCAAAAACUUUGGAGAGCGAGAGGGAAGGAACGCCCUCCAACCCUUCAUUCGUUGCUUUCGCCUUGGUAGUUGUCAGUUUCACAUCCACCGACUUGACCAGGCUCUCUCUCUCUCUCUCUCUCUCUCGUUGCCCAUUCCCCAAUACUUUCAUUAGCUUCCAAGAAACUGUGUUGCAUCUUUCCUUCUAUACCUUGGAAAGUUAAAUUUCCAACUGAGUGUACUUAGAUCAUCCGAACAAGUACAGAAGCAUGCCGCAUCAGGAGCAGGAAGAUGGGUGGCCUCUUGGGUUGCAGCCAUUGAGUAGGAGAGUUGGGCUGGGUGGUAACAGGGAUCUAUCAGAACCCAUUUCAUUGGAUACUUGGGUGACUGGUUCUCCCACUUCAUCCUCUGUUUCUUCAUCAGAUUUGGAAACACAGUCCACUGGGUCAUCUUUCCAUGAGAACAGUGUGACACUGGGGAACCUCCUUGGAGUUCGGCCAAAUCAAGCACUACCAAUUUAUAGAACCAACAACCUUGCAACCAGGAAGAACUACAGAUCAAGCGCCUGGUUGAAUAUGCUCAUAAGAGCAGGAAUACUCAGCAGCCAGGCGAACUCGCCGCCAUCACUCGGUCACUUCCUUGAGGUGGAAAGAAGAGCUGCCAGCACCACCAAGGCCAGAAAAUCAGUCUGUUUCCUGUGUAGUGCAUCCGCCGAUGCUGUGUUGGAGACGAGCUCCUUGCUACAUGGUCGUUUCUCUGUUCCGCUGAGCAUGAACAACAGAGCUGCUGUAGUUAUAGCAAGAACUGUGCAUAAGUCGGGCACCGUCUUUGACACAAGUAAUAGCAAGAGAAAUCAAAGAGAGUCUUGUGGUGGUAGCAGAAACAAUGUGCUUGGAAUUCCAAUGCUUUUUUCGUGCGUAUGCAGUGACACCACACUGUAAAGAGUCUGGAAUGAACUAAAAAAAUUCAAGGUCUCCA